UUAAACACUUCCGGGUAACGUUUGUUCGAUUGUAAACACUUGGGGCUUUAAUCUGAGUUGUGUAAGGUGUGCAAAUAGCAGAAAUACACAGGCUGUCGUUUGUGAAACACCACAUUUUCGGUUCCCGUGUUUAAUACGGAGCCUAUUUACUAUUACUCGGUUAUGUUGUUCCUCCGGACCGCGGCUUUCAGCGCCAGAGCUCUGGCCGCUCUGCGCCGCGGACCAGCCGGCUUAACCGCCUCCAGAGCGACCGCUACGUACGUCCAGGGCCAGAGCCCCACACCACGCAUCCGAGAAUACUUCUACUAUAUCGACCAUCAAGGACAGCUUUUCCUCGAUGAUACCAAAGUGAAAAACUUUGUCACCUGCUUUAAAGAUAAGGAAUUCCUAGUCUUCUUCUUCACUCGUCUGCGCAUGAAUCAUAGUGGUCGUUACGAGGAUGACUUCCCCUUCCUGUCACUGUGCGGCAGGGAGAGGAAUUUCCUGCGCUGCGAUGACCGACCUGUGGUCUUCACCCACCUGCUGCAGAGCCCCACUGGACCGCAGGGCGAGCAGGAGCUGCUAUCAUACUGUGGCGGCGCAGAGAAACUCUCCGUCCUGUUCCGCCCCGAGGCGCUGUACAUGCAUCCUGUCAGCGGGCGAGUUUACCACCCCUGCUCAGAGCUUUCAGGUGGAGUCGGCCUGGUCAGGUCGGCUCUGGCAAUUGAACUCAGCCCCUUCUUUGUGUAUACACAAGAGCGAGACCAGUCAGGACAGCCUACAUACUUUGUAUGGGCAGGACAGAAGCACGCACUGACCAAUGAGCUUGCAGGAUACUUCCCUGUAGCUGAGCAGGGCAAUGGACACCAGGGAGAAGUGGGAUAAUUUGGUAAUGAUUCCAGACUGAGUUUAAAAUCUUCUUAGGGAUGGGAUGUGUGAGAAAUGAGAAUCACUAAUGAAUAAUAGCUCCAACAUUUUUUUGGCUUGCAAACAAAGAAAUGCCUUCUUUUGUCUCCGUGUUUGAGGCUGUAGCCCACUAAAGGUGUCACAUUUGAAUUCGGUUUAUGUGCCUGAAGCGAUGAAAUUAUCCAGACAGUCAAAAGAGCACAGCUGUCUAGUGUUUAGGACUGUUACAUUGCAGCAAGAAGGUACCCAGUUCAAAUCCAGGCUGGGACUUUUCUGUGGGUUAUUUGCUCUGUUGUGGUCUUCCUGUGCCUACGUGGGUUUCCUCCUCUUGCUCUUUCCCACAGUCCUGAGAUAUGCGUAUUUUAGGAAGGAUAUUAUUUAUACUUCUGUUCUAUUAAUUAAGCUGUUCUCCUGAGGAAACUUGAAAAGAAAUCCAAGUUGUUGUAUCACAAUAGAAUGUGGUGUAAAACUGAGUUUUUUUUAACAGUUGUAUAUAUCAUAUUAUAGUUACAGUUUUUGCAAAUUUAGGUGCAAUUCCUUUUAAAGAAAGAUUCAGAUGUAGCCUCACUUUUAAAAGUUGAAACUUGAUACAAAUGCAUUCAUUGUGUUGAAUGCAAAGUCUAAGAGUAUUCAUUUGAACACUGUAAAAUCACAAGCAGUGUGAACUGAAGUGUGCUUUGGAAAUAUUUUGGAAUUAAACUAAUAACAUAUUCCAAGG